GCCAAUUUGGUUUCCUUUACCCCGCGUGGAUUUUUCGAAUGACGACCGAAGGUGUUGAGUCUGUCAAUAAGCUGUGUUCUGUCUGCCAUGAGGAUAUUGAUUACUAUGCAUACGGCUCAUGCAAUCACCCUACGUGCACAAAAUGUGUUCUCAAACUUCGGAAGUUUGGUAGUGCAGACGAGCCGGAGUUUUCUAAGUGCCCCACUUGCAGACAAAAUAUCAACAGGGUAGUCAUCAUGAGGAGAUUCGUCCCAUUUGAUAGAAUAGAUGUUUCUGUGCUCCGGCAUGAUUCCAGAUUUGAUUUUAUGUUCCCUGAUGUGGAUAUUGAGCAUUACUAUUCAAACAUGCUCAAAUCAGUUUGCCCAAUAUGUGGCGAGGAAAAGAAGUCUCUUUCAGCAUUAAACAGGCACACGACAGCAGAGCACCAUCUCUCCUACUGUGAUCUGUGUAUCCGAUACGCCAGGCUUUUGCCAUGUGAAUUCACCCUGAUGAAACCAGCUGAUCUUAUAAAGCACAGAUCAUGGGACAAAACUAAGAAAAAAGGCCAUCCGUUGUGUGAUUUCUGUCAGGAGCGUUUUUAUGAGAUGGAAGACUUGAUACAUCACAUACGCGAUCUGCAUUUCCUGUGCGACCUUUGCAUGGCUACAGGAAAGUUUGUGGUCUUCAGAGAACAGUGUGAAUUAUUGGAUCAUUAUGGUGAUUCGCAUCAUCUGUGUACUGAAUGUCGGGCUCAGCAACGGAUUUCCUGUUUCGCAACUGCAGACCGUUUGGGUUUGCAUCGUUUUCAAGAGCAUCCGAAUGAAGUGGCUAACGACCCGAACCCUUGGCUUCCGAUAUCCAUAAGACACGUAACGACAGCUGAUUCUGCCUUCAGAAGACGAGACCAGAUGCAUCCAGAUGUGAAUAGUGUGGAUGGUGUUCUUGACGCAACUGAUGGCAGAUUAAUUUCACAAGACAAUUCCAAUAUAUCCUAUCGGCGGCCUAAUCCUUCAGAAUGGACAGGUGAAGAUUUCCCCUCAUUACAAUCUACCAGACCAGUAGUCUCUAACUCUCAAGCUGCGACGAAUGAGUCAGGAAGUCCUCAAAGUACUGUACAAAGACUUAGAGAGUCAGCUGCUUCAUUAACAGAACGAGAGGGGAAUGAUACUAGUAGUAUGCAAAAUAAUCGAUCGGUAGGAGGUACAAGUUGGCUUUCUCGUGUUGCUAGUGUCAAUCUUACUAAUAAGAAUCGCCUCACUUCAGAGGAUUUUCCAAGUCUUACUCAAUCACCACAGUCUUCUACUAGUAAUAAAAGUAAUCCUCUUACAUGGGUGAAUAAAAAUAAUACAUCUCAAAUACCGCAUAAUCCGCAAGUUACAUCAAUUAUCCCUGUCAACGUAUCUGGUUUCCCAACUCUUGCAUCAUCUACACAUAACUCUGCCAACAUUCCAUCGUCAUCAUGGCCAAGAAAAGAUAAUUCCUUAUCUGAAGAACCACUGAAGUUGUCAACACCAUCAUUUCAAACUCCAACAUCAUGUGAUUUUCCUGCUCUUCCAGUUAAUAAUUCCAAUCAUCCGAAAACUACCAUAAAUGUUAUGACGCAUAAAUCAUCAGUUUUGGAAAAUAAAACGAAGACUUCAAAAACACCGUUGAAUGAUACAAAGAAACAAGCUGUAACAAAAGCUGAAUUGCACACCUCAAAGAAAUCUGAAGCUAAGAAAAAUACAAGGACAAGAAAUAAUGAACCGGAUGAUGCUAUUGGAAUGACAUCAAGAGAUGAUAGUAAUAUUUAUAUGGAACGACCUCAGUUCACCCAUAUACGAACCGUUGAUGUUGCUCCUGAUUCUAAUCGGUCGCUUCACUCUAAUUAUGAGCUUCCAUCACCUGUAAAUGAUUUUCCAUCCUUAUCUGUCAGAGCUAAUGAAGAGAUGAACAAGCUACAAAAACAAAACAUAUCACGAAAGGGAAAGUCGAAAGAGAAAAUCAAUCACAAAUCACCCAACCACUCCGAGGAAAACUGUCCGCCUGCUCGUGUAAAUAACAAUAUUAAACCAGAAAUUAGUAUGCUAAUUCAACUGAUAAAGUCUGUUCAGUUUAAUGACUCUAUGGACAUAGAGUGUUUACUAUAUGCCAAAGCCGAAUAUUUCCCGCCACCUGAUGUUGAGUCACGCAAUCUUGAGUUAAUUCGAACAGUGGAAACGGAUUUGUUUGAUAAAAGUGGUCGAACCGCGUUUAGCCGAUUUGCUGAUCUAUCACGUCGCUAUCGUUACAAAGAGAUAAAUGCAACAGCAUACUUGGAAGGUUUAGUUGGUCUUUUGGGCGUUGGAAACGCUAACACAAAUGAUGGUGAUAAAGACGAAAAUGUUCCAUUCUGGAUAGCUCCAAUGAUUUCUUUAUUGCCAGAUAUAGGUCUUCAACGUGCGUUACUUCGUGCUCUCCAAGCACAAGGUUCACCACGUAUCCCAGUUGAUAUGCAAGAGGCUUUAGUAAAGUGUGGUAUGCAUGUUAAGCGUAACAAGACUCCUAUAUUCACUCCACCUUCUUGGGCUAAAAAGGUCUUGAAAAGACUACAAGCAUGUCAGGAAUGCGGUCAGGUGGGUUUUAAAAUUCAAGUUUUGUUCUAGUUAAAGUUUUUCUGAAGUGAUUUUUUAAAAUGAGAUUAUGCUAGUUGCUCAAUUUGUAUACAUAUAGCAACUUUAUUGUUACAUAUAUGAAUGGUUUAUGUUAGAAAAGUGUAACUUACAUACAGCUGAUGAUAAAAAUCACUAUAAGUAACUAGCUACUUUUUGUAACCAAUGUACCAAAGUGGGACAAAAAGUUAACGUGUCCACUACACUCGUCAAGUGUUUCGGGGACAGUGGGAAUCAUUUAAAGUUUACUUAUCACUACACUCCAUUUAAGCUGUAGUAUGCAUGUAAGUAUGUAUGUGUGUGUAUAAUUCUAAAGUUUGCAAAAUUCCUGAUAGUUUGCACAAAUGUAUAUAUGUACUAAUCUUCAAGUUCAUCAUCGAAAGGCAAUCUGUAAUUUAAGGUGUUUUCCGAAACAUCACAGACAUUCACUACAAAAAGUCCAAUCAUUCAUCUAGGAUAAGAUGAUAAAAGAAGUGAAAAAUAAUCUCCCAGGAAAGCAAUAUAUGUAAGUGUAAUAUAGCACUUCCUCUUUUCUGGAAAGAUCAAGUUAUCAACAAAUUGGAUUCUUUGGCUUAUAGUUCAGAUAUUCACUGAAAUACCAAUAAAAUAUACGUUUUAUCUUUAAAUAAGCUGAACACUUUGUCUGUCUGACUUAUUAACUUCGGCCGCUGCACAAAAUGCAUCAUCUCAAGUUGUCACACUUUGGAGGACUGCUAUCCUAAUAGUUGCAAUCCUAGUGUAGUGGUUGGGCUUUUAUAUCGCAAUGACCCAACGAGCAACAGUCUUCCCGUGGUUCCCACCAUACUAAAAAAACCAUUUGGAUAGCGGUUAGACUAAAAGCAGUUAAAAUCAUGCUGCGAUUCGUUCACACUAUGUUGGAGGGAAGGGUCUGCGUACGAAGUCGUACUGAUGCCAAAUAGGGAAGUAACACAAGUAGUCUGUUUCCCCCAGAAAACCAGCAUGCCAGCUAUGUUGCCUCUGCUGCUCUGAAGAAAGAGGCGAUCCCGUAAAUUGUUUGCUCUGUCUUACCUUUCUGCUUUUCGUACCUGGUAGUAAGAUCUUAAUACAGACGACAGUUCAAAAACUAACUUCAAGCACACUGCGUACAACCAAUCUCAACCAGUAGCCCUAUGGGUUCUCCUGUCAUGCUACAGUAAUUUUCCUUGUGUUUUAGGCACAACAAGACUAAACCAAAUUCCAUAGUGUAAUAAUAAUCAUCCUUACGUUUCCAUAAGCCCGCAAAACUUUCGUUACAUUAUGGAACUGAAAUAGAUAAAAAAACAUAUGAGAGAAUAUCUAGGUGAAAAUUAACAAAGAUAUUUUAGGAUUUGUAUAGUAUGAAGGGACAAAUGCAUCUAAGUCGUUGUAAAUGACCACCGGUAACCCCAAACAGUUGAUUCUUACCAGCCUGAGGAUGCCACCAAAUCAUUCAAAACUUUUGAAUACGACUGAAACCAACAGUCAGAGGCUUCAUAGAUUAGUACCAGGUUUUCUUCUGAUCUUCCCUAACCCCUUUGUAAUUUAAUUGUGUUUCGUGUAGCAUUGAUCACCCAGAGAGACUGUUGGUCGUUAUGCGCAAACUACAUAUAAAUCGAUGUAACUUUACGACAUUUCCUUCUUACCUAACAUAUUCUGUCUAACCUUAUUAUCACUGACCAUAUUACACUAGCCAACACGAGAGAUUUAAUCACCACCUCUGUACAAAAAUCGCUAGUCUUUUCAUUUGUUGAACCCAGUGAUACGGUGACACAGUAAUCAUUAAGAAGUCUAUUUGAAAUAAUUCUACAAAUCAUAGGUAAUAUGGUGGUUCCAUCUCUUACUUCAUUUUUGCCAUUAUUUUUGUUAUUGUUAUUAUUAUUUCAGAAGACUUUUUCUGUCUGUUCGUUUUACACUGCUCAUAAUAGUUUCCUGUUUUUUGGUCAGGUUUGUUUACGAGACGA